UACACUACACAGCAGAAAAUGAGAGGCACACUGUAGCCAGUUUGCAACAUGAGGAUUGCCAACAGGCAUUGUAACAUCGAACUGGGUUCUGCCACGUAAGACUGUGUUGGAUCUAUAUAUUUUAUCGGAUUUACUAUUCAGAUAAAUUUCAGAAGCCAUCGUCGUUCACAUUUUCUUCAAAACAAGAGGUUUCACACUCAAGAAACUUAGUAAUUUUGUUGAGCUUAGUGUUCAGUUGUUUGUAGUGACAAUUGCAAUGGCUGCUGCUACUUUGCCAAUGAAUGUGGUGUCUAAAUCUCAACGUCAGUCAAAUGCAAGGCAAAAUCACUUUUCAGUCACAGGAUUACCAUCACAUCUACCUGCACAGAGCCUCUCAGUGAGAAAUACCUUCAAGGGUUUUAGUGGCCUUAUAGCUAGUAAUUUGCAAACAACUUUCUUUGGCGAGGAGAUAAAUGGGGCAUUUCAAGUGUCUUUUGGUAAUUCAAGGAUGGGAAAGAAGAGACAUGCUACAGUGAGGUCUGUGCAGGUUCGGGCAUCACUAUUCAAGGUUGCUAUUCUUGGAGCAGCAGGAGGGAUUGGUCAACCUCUCUCCUUGCUGAUUAAAAUGUCACCUUUGGUCUCUGAAUUGAAUCUUUAUGAUAUUGCAAAUGUUAAGGGGGUUGUUGCAGACCUUAGUCACUGCAAUACCCCUGCUCAGGUGUUGGCUUUCACUGGAACUGCUGAACUGGGAGAUUCUCUGAAGGGUGUUGAUGUAGUUGUAAUCCCUGCAGGUGUUCCAAGGAAACCAGGCAUGACCCGUGAUGAUCUUUUCAACAUUAAUGCUGGUAUUGUCAAAAUUUUAAUAGAGGCUGUUGCAGAUAACUGUCCAAAUGCUUUUGUCCACAUCAUCAGCAACCCUGUAAAUUCUACUGUGCCCAUUGCAGCAGAGGUACUCAGGCAAAAAGGAGUUUACAACCCCAAGAAAUUGUUUGGGGUGACCACCUUGGAUGUGGUUAGGGCUAACACUUUUGUAGCACGGAAAAAGAAUUUGAGGCUCAUCGAUGUGGAUGUACCAGUUAUUGGUGGCCACGCGGGGAUAACCAUCCUUCCAUUAUUAUCUAAAACUAGGCCUUCGGUGACAUUCACCCAGGAUGAGGUUGAAGAGCUUACACUAAGAAUUCAGAAUGCUGGGACUGAGGUUGUGGAGGCCAAAGCUGGUGCAGGGUCUGCAACUCUGUCUAUGGCAUAUGCUGCUGCCAGAUUUAUUGAAUCUUCUCUCAGAGCAUUGGAUGGUGAUCCAGAUGUAUUUGAUUGUUCAUAUGUGCAGUCUGAAUUGACAGAGUUGCCAUUCUUUGCAUCAAGGGUUAAGCUUGGAAAACAAGGUAUUGAAGGGUUUGUUGUUUCUGAUGCGGAGGGAUUAACUGAGUACGAACAGAAAGCCCUUCAGGCCCUUAAACCUGAACUGAAAGCAAGCAUUGAGAAAGGCAUCAAAUGGAGGUCUCUUCAAGGAAAAUCAAGCCGGAUCAAGGACGGUCUUCGCCAGGACGAUCAAGCCAGGACAUGGACGACCUUCUUUGGACUAACAUCAUCAAGGGCAAUCCAGCGUUCCAAGGCGAGGUACAUCAUCUUCCUGCACAUCAAGGACGCAAGGAGUUAGAACAAGGGCUCGUUGAAGAAGCAAAAUAGAUCCAGAGGAAUUAAUUAAAGCAAGUUUCUCAACAAUAUCAAGAUGAAUAUCUACCAAGUUACAAGUGUUAGAUGAGGUGGCGUCCUAGUCAUCAUUUCUCCAGUCAGUGUGUUCCACCUCAGCAUGACCAGAUUCAAUGUACUUAACUCAUGGAAGGUGGCACAAACUCCGAUGUACCUACCCUGGCUAUCCAUUGGUCAA